AUGUCACCUCCAUCCUCAGCAGCACGGCGCUUGGAGCAGGUGCAAGGCCAGAUAGGUCGCACGUCAAUAGAUGGCAACGAGACCACACCGUUCCCAGAUCUCCCAUCUGGUGCCCGAUAUCUUCACCUGAACAAUGCAGCCAAACGAAAUGCAUUAUCCGUCGCCGUCCUCCAAGAUCUGCGCGACCAGCUCUCCGCCUACAACACAUCCCCCGUAGACGGCCGGGCUCGCUUCCUACCGCCAUUCGAACCAAGCAUCCUCGCAGAACUGGAAAAGGCAUUCUAUCAUCCCAGCUCCGAGGCCGGCAGGACCUACGGCUGGCUAGUCCACGCGGAGCAGUGGAAACGGCACAGAUCCAAUCUUCCACGCGUGAUCGUGAUGCGCGGUGACGGGCCUGUGUUCUGCUCCGGCCACGACCUCCACGAAAUCCGCCACGUGAGCUACGCGCAAGCCAAGGAUCUGUUCGACCUCUGCGCCGAAGUCAUGUCGCUGAUCCGGCGGUGUCCCGUUCCUGUGAUCGGGGCGAUCCAGGGGCUAGCCACGGCCGCGGGGGCUCAACUGGCGCUGACGACCGACUUGCCCGUCGCCCACGCGUCUACGCCGUUCCGCCUGCCAGGCUCGGGCAUGGGCUUCCCGUGCAUAUCCCCCGUCACGGCCGUGUCACGGAAAGUCGGCAAUGCCUUUGCGUAUGAGAUGUUCGCGCUGGCAAAGCCUUAUCGCGCAGACGAGCUCCCUGGCCGACUGCUGCGAGUGCUGGACGAUGACGCCCCGCUUGACCAGGCCGUUGACGAGAUGGUCGCUUGUUACACGCAACAAACCGCAGCCCAGCCGCAGGCUUUUGGGAAGUGGGCUUACUGGACGCAGGCGGGCAUGCACGCGAAAACGUCGACCGCGGAUGGAUACGAGGAUGCAGCGGCAUGGGCAGGGUCUGCUAUGGCACUACUGGCGCAAACGAGUGAUGCAAAAGAGGGGAUUGGUGCGUUUUUGGAAAAGAGGAAACCGUCUUGGUAUACGUGA